CGUAGAUAUCAAGGAUCCAGCUUGACUUAUACUUUCCUAUUCAAUUCCAAGUAUCACGAAUCAUCCUUCCAGCUUGAUCGUGAACGUGGUCACGCAAAAGUUGAGGGGAAAAAAUUGACGAUACGUGGUAACGCAGGAAUGGACGCGUAAGGUCGUGGUCGUCGGUUAGCGACAUUGACGCUCCUCGAGACGAAACAGUUCUUCUUCGCGAAUACUCGACGACCGUCGACAACGACGACGAUCCAUCAGGACGAAAGUGUGCCGGGUCGCAUCGCGAAAUAAAAUUCAGAUCGUUUAUCAACGAUCUCUACAUCGUAGAUCACCGGUGAUUCUUGAGAUCUCAAGGGUGUUAAUAUGAGACCGAAAAUAUUAGGAAUUGUCGGUGGUUCGAUGCUUAGCUUUGGAAUUUUCGUUUGUGCGGUAAUUUUUCCUGCAUUUCUAAGAUCACAAAUUAGGAAGCAAGCGGCGCUAAAACCUGGCGCGGAUAUUCGCGAACUAUGGGCCACUUUCCCGCUUCCGUUAGAUUUCAAAAUUUAUAUUUUUAACGUAACCAAUCCUACGGAAAUAUUGGCAGGAGCUAAGCCAAUUGUUCAAGAAGUGGGACCAUUUUUUUACGACGAAUACAAGCAUAAAGUGAAUCUAGAAGAUCGAGAAGAAGACGACACUGUCGAGUACAAUUUCAAAUCGACCUGGUACUUUAAUCCAUCGCUAAGCAAUGGUUUAACCGGCGAAGAAGAAGUGGUUGUGCCUCACCUUUUUAUACUGGGCAUGUUUAAAAUUACGCUAAUCGAACAACCAAGCGCAAUAGGAAUCGUCGGUAAAGCGGUGGAUAGUAUUUUCAAGAAACCCGGCACUGUGUUUGUCAGAGCGAAAGCGAAGGAUAUACUUUUCGAUGGUUUGCCUAUCGAUUGUACAGUGAAAGACUUUGCCGGAACUGCGACUUGUAAGGUUUUAAAAGAAAAAGGUGAAAACAAUGGUUUAAUAUCGGACGGCGAGGGACGUUACCGCUUCUCUUUACUUGGUUCUAGAAAUGGCUCGGCGGCACCGAAACGCAUUAGGGUGUUGCGCGGAAUAAAGAAUUAUCGGGACGUGGGACGGGUGGUCGAGUACGAUGGAAAAGCAGAGUUGUCGAUUUGGAGCGAGAAACAUUGUAAUCGGUACAAUGGCACGGAUACCACGAUUUUUCCACCGUUGAUCAAAGAAGGACAGGAACUUAUGACGUUCGCGGCGGAUCUUUGCAGGAACUUAGGCGUUCAAUACAGUCACAGAACCACUGUUAAAGGUAUCAACGUGUACCAUUAUACAGCCGGUUUAGGAGAUAUGAGUACAAAUCCAGAAGAGAAAUGUUAUUGCCCUACACCGCAUACCUGCUUAACAAAGAAUUUGAUGGAUUUGUACAAAUGCCUAGGCUUGCCUAUCGUUGCUUCUCUACCACACUUUUAUGGCUCGAACAAAAAGUACCUGGAAAUGGUCGAAGGACUUGAUCCACACAAGGAGAAACACGAGAUUGCUAUUGAUCUCGAACCAAUGACAGCCGCUCCGUUACAGGCAGCGCAAAAAUUGCAAUUUAAUAUGUUCCUUCAUCCGAUGGAAAAAGUGAAAUUAAUGAAACAUUUCCCGGAAUGUUUGUUGCCCUUAUUCUGGAUAGAAGAAGGUAUAUUGCUUGACGACGAGUACGUGAAAGUAGUAAAGACCUUACUCAAAGUGAUAAGUAUAGUUGGAUUUUUAAAAUGGUUAACGAUAUUCGUCGGCGCUUGUGCAACUGGAGCAGCUGGUGUUUUAUAUUUGAAGAACAAGGAUAAGAAUAAGUUGAAUAUCAUCAAACUGACACCACAGUUUCAGAAUGGCAAAGACGAUGAGCAGAAAAAAUGGCCACCUACCAUGAAUAUUAGCACGAUACGAAGUGUUACGGUACUGCCCAAACUAGACAACAAUUAAGUAGGCCUUCCACCGUUGGUUCCCCGAAACUAGACAAUUACUACGUAUGUCUAAUCGCAAGGGGGUGGAUCUACGUUAUCAGGUACGCAUGUAUGUACAGUGUACUUACAUGUAGUUUCCGACUAAUCGGGUCCGUUCGGAAAAAAUCGGGCGGGCUCGGGCGGGUGUCCGAUACACGCGUGACCCGUUUCGGGUUAGGUCGGAUACUGUCGGGCAGAUUCGGACGAGCUCCCGCGGGCCGCGGCCUAAUUCUUAUGCACUUGUUAAUACUUGCAAUAAGCAUGUGCAAAAUCUGUUUCAUGGGAAAUUUUGAAAUAAGAUAAUUUUUAUGUGGAAAAAUAAUACUUGUUAUUUGAAAUGAAUUUUAUUCCAUGCCACCUGUAUGUUCAUUUUAUACAAAAUAGAUUUUGAACAUGCUUAUUGCAAACAUUAACAAGUACAUGAGAGUUGGGUUACGUGCCGCGGCCCGCGAGAGCUCAUCCGAACCUGCCCGACUGUAUCGGACCUGACCCGAAACAGUCGGGCCACCCGACUGCACGCAUGUAUGUAUUGGAUACCAGCCCGAGCCCGCCCGAUCUUUUGCGAGUGUACCCGAACCCUUAAUAUCGGGUACUGGUAUAUCCCUAAUGUAUGUACAUACAUAUGUAUGUAUAAUAGAGCACAGAUCCACGGUCUUUGGUCUUCGGUCUUCGCUCAAAACUUAAUGCCGACGUAAUACACUAUAUACAAUACAAUAAUAAUAUAUAAGUUGCUCAAUCCGUUGAAAUUUAUUUAAUUGCGAUCACAGAAUAUUGAAAUAGAUUGUUAAAAGCAGUUUGUAAAUUACGUAUAUACAGUUUUCUUUUUUUUCAGUUCUCUUUACUAUCUAAUAAUAAGUAAUUUUUCGCUUAUUUUUGUAAACAAUUUUACUAGUUUGCAUAUAGUGUUUUCUGUUAUUGUUAUUGUCAUUGUCGUCGUUACUGUUAAAUAACAUUUUAUUUAAGUGCGUCUUGUUAUUCAUGUUUUUAAGGAUUAUUACAAAAUAAUAUGUAAUUAACUUAUAAAUUAGUUUGUAAUUAGAAAUGAGUAAUAUAUUCUAUAUUUUCAACGUUCUCAACGUUACAUUCAGAUCGCAUUGUUUAUGAGAUCUGUUAUGUUAACAAAGUAUUGUGCGCUUAUCAGCUGUGUGUACAUAUUUCAUACAUACAUGAAAUUACCAAUAGCUUUAGUUAUGGAAUGUGCCGAUUCAAAUCUUAAUUAUUUAAUAUUAACGAAGAAUAUUAAUGAGCUCUCUAUUUAGUAAUUUUCUUCAAAUUCGAAGCAAUUACAUCAAUUGAUGUGGUAACAUAAAUACUAUUUCAUCAUACUUACCUAUAUAUGUAGGGACAUACCAUACAUACAUAGUAGCUGAAAUAAAAUGAAAAA